AUGUGAGCAUCACUCCAAAGUUGUGGCGGCAGUGAGAGGCCCCACUGUUCUCACGCACCGUGCGGUCCCACCUCCAGGAUUUACGACCUUCUUAAAUCACCGCCGAUGUGUUAAUAACCAAAUUGCGGCAGUGUACAAACUUACCAUCGACCAGGGACUGUGUGCCGAGGUGGAUGUGUCAUGUGAGCUGUAGUGAGGUUGUGUUGUUGCCGGAGGACCUGUGACGACAACAACAACAAUGUUUUGUACUUACCCCUACUACAAGACGCCCCUGGUCUACAUGCCGCCACACAAGCCACUCGGGGUAAGGCACUUCAACGCUCCCUCUCUCUCAGUCUCCCACAGUCACUUCAGGAUUGCAGCAUAUGGCUCGGACGACUUCAACCAGGACUCUCCGCGGUACACGUCGCCCAAGCCUGGCGGGCCCUAUGUCGAGCCCUACUUUAUGGAGAGUGGAGGUAGUGAGCUAUGGGGAGCAACGGGUGGUGGCGGAAGUGGAGCGGCGGCAGCAGCAGCAGCGGCAGCAGGAGCCAUGGGAAACUAUCCAUACCCCACACCGUCCAUGAUGGGACCCUCCUCCCAUCUUACACAACCACACUACAUGACACCACAUCUCCAUGAUCCAAUGGGUUAUGAUAACAUGGCAUCAGGUUUACCACCCAUGUCAUCAUUCCGUGGACCUGGCGCGAGCAGCACCACAGGUGGAGGGUCAGUUGCUACCUCCUCACCCCUUUACACACACUCUCCUGUGCCUAAUCACACCCAGGCCACAGCCACAGGCAACACAGGCGAUACACUCGGCAAGGCGUUAUCUUCAAUUUACCCUGGAGAGCAGACGUCGAGCAGCUACAGCAGUAAUCCUGGCACCCCAGUUUCUGCCACCUCCCCGCCCCCCCACACCUCUGGGGCAACUAGUGGGGCCCCCCAACAGUGGCCACAGCCCCAUACACCCACCUCACCUCAUUAUGACCGUUCCCUCCCCAUGCGAGGUAUGGCAGAGGAGAACUUAGAGUCAGCAAUCGACUAUCUUCGAGAUAUUGAGGGAUCAAGGAUAGAUGAAAGAUUGGAAGAUGCUGUCAAUGUCCUACAGCGCCACGCAGAGACCACGGGAGGCAUAACCGGUGCUGGUCCACACUUGGGAGCCACAUCACAUGGGGGCUCUCUUCCACCAUAUCCCUCAGCCCUGGACUCUCACUUGGGUGGUCCACCCAAUUCUACUUUUACACCCUUGGGGUCCCACUCACAAGAGCUGAAAAGUCUUGGGGUACCAGGCUUAGGUGAAAGUAUUAAGGAGAAAUUGGAAGUUAAGUCUGAAGAAUUGUCCAGCUCACACCUGCCUACAACCACAGUUGCGGCAACUAUGCCAGCAGGAGCAAAGGGUGGCAAGCGCUCUCGCAGUUUAUCCCAGUUCAGCUUGCCUGACCCUUCGAAGCAGCUUGGCCCACCUCUGCUCGGACUUCUGGCUUCUGCACAGCAUUCUGGUUCCAGCACGGAGGAUGAAGAAUGUACAGACCCUGAGACUAAAGCGCUAAGGGAGAAAGAGCGACGUCAAGCAAACAAUGCCAGGGAAAGAGUACGAGUUCGUGAUAUAAAUGAAGCAUUUAAGGAAUUAGGUCGUAUGUGUAUGAUCCAUUGUAAGAAUGAUAAGGCGCAGACCAAGCUAAACAUUUUGCACAUGGCAGUGGAGGUGAUCACCACUCUGGAGCAGCAGGUUAGAGAGCGUAAUCUGAAUCCUAAGGCAGCUUGUUUGAAGCGACGUGAAGAAGAAAAAUCUGAUGGUUCUAAAUUACCACCACCACACCUGCCACAUCCUUCCAGUAUGGCCCCACCCUUCCCAAAUUUGCCCGGUGAUCAUCUAAGCCAUGGUGGUGCUGGACCUCACUAGUGACCUGACCACCACUGGCAGCAGCUGUAGUCCUCCCACCAAGGACUACAUUGGGGGGUUGUGGAGCCCCCCUAUAAUGGGGCUGGUAUAUACAGCUGAGCCACUCCCGAGGCCUGUGCGAGAGAGGCAGCAUGUGGCACAUCCAUGUGGCAGGGGAUCGUGACAUAGGGCAAUUAUAUGUGUUUAGUGUAUAUUUUUUAAGCAGCCAAGAGAAUGGCAAGGGAUGGGACAGAUUGGAACAGUUGUUUAGGACACCAGGGCCCCCUAACCCCCCCCUGCCCAGUGCAGCUCAGUGUGUGGUCUCCUGCGUGCGAUCUUCCACAACAUAUCUCGCAGCCAAUCAUAUCACAAGGCAGCCUAAGCUUGGUCAUGAUGUGACAAUGGUCGUAGCUUCACUUAUCCUGAAAUGUGCAAAAUGAAGUUCUGCCAGUCUUGGUGUGUAUCUGAGCUCCCAAAGAAAUUAUGCAAGGUUGAGCACUGACUCAGAAUUGUUGUGAAAAUUUGGAAAGUGUUUACAAAGAGCGACAAGAUGCCUUGAAGUGUGGGGUGAAGCUGAAUAGUGCAGUGCGAUGGACUGAGAGUUGGCUUUUAUACUAGCCAUGUACUCUGGGCUGGAGGUGAAGACCGAGCAAUGAACCUGACUUCACUAGGUUUAGCAUUGUAUACAUAAUUACUAUACAUUGUGUACAGAAUGACUCAUUAUUUUAUUAAACAAACAUUUUUAGCUAGGUGAUCUAUUCUGAGAAAAGAGAAAUGUAAAGAAUGCACAAUGCUAUUAUGAACAGAUGGUUUACAUCAAGGAUUAUGAUUCAGAAGCUAAGAUUAUUAUGGUAGCUUCACUGUGUUGAGCAACUCCUCUUUUAAGUGCAUAAUUUUAGUGUAGUUGUUAGUGCUUCCCAUUUUCCUGUGUUCAACUGCUGACUUUAUUGAUAAUUUUGAUUUUGUACUCAUUAUUUAGAACUGGAUCCCUGUGUCCACCUUUAUGUCAUGAGUGGAAGGAGGCCAAUCAGUCCACAGUGCCUCAACAUCGGUUUACUGUCAUGGGGAAGUUAGAUAUAUAUAUAUAUUUGACAAUUAGAGAAUUUAACUUGUUAUUCAGCUAAUGAAACAGCAGCUUGAAAGACGUUUUGUGUAGCUUUGCUGUUAGGCAUAUCAUCUGAUAAUUGGAUAAAUUUCUAUAAUUAUGUUGCACCUAAAUUGCAGCUAAAUGUCAUCCACAAAUUUUUUUUUAUUAUUACUUGGCAUUGUUCAAAUGUUACUUUGAUUGCAAAAUGGUGCAAAUUUCUUGUAAUAUUGUCAUUCUAAAACAUUCCAAUUGAAGUGUUAUGUAACUUUUGUUAAUUACAACUGUGGUCUAUGACCAAAAUACCAAUCCCACUCAUCUCUGGACUGCGCAUUGACAUAUACUUUAUUAAAACGUGUACAUAGCAGGUACAUGGUGGUGUUUGCACAUAUAUUAUCUUAUUAAUAUCCAGUUCUAUUGGAUAAUUUAUUAUAAAUUUACUGAACACAACCAUGACCCUGAUUUCUAUACACAGUUUGCUGUAGGCCUAUUGCAUCUGACUAUCUGGUUAUUCAAGGCACAGCCUAUUGGAGAUCUCAAGCCUCCAGUGUGAUUUACAGUUGCUUUAGACCUUCCACAAGAUGAUUUAGCUAAGAAUUGGUUUAAAGAUUAUUGAAAUUAUUGACAUAAAAUGUUUAAUAUUUUAUUGUAGUGUGUUCUCAACUUUGUAGAUAUUAUGAUGGUUUGUUGAGAUGAUGUUUAAUGACAGGAGCAGCCAGCAUUAGAUUCAUGGACUUUUCCUUGUGCAUUUUUCAAGAUUCAUAUUUAAAUAUUUUAUCUGUCAGAAAUAUUCCAUCCAUCCUGGUACGCCUGAGACUCACAGGGACAUCUUGCUGUUCCUCGUGUUAACGCUCACUCAAUAAACUCUGCCAGCUCACCACCCUACAUCAAUGCUACCUUUAUUUCCUCCCAGCUGAUAUUGAGGAUAGGGAGUGUUGAGUUCAGGCACCAAUUUGGCGUGCCUCAGAGCUUCCAGGCGCUGCGGCACUUGACCCAGUCGGAUGACGUGAUGUGUACAAAUAUUGUAAGACGAGUGCAGUGGGCGCUGUGUCAGCCUAUCCACGAGGGUACUCAACAUGGACUUCAUCUGUAGAAUAAUAAAUGUGCCAUUUUGCAUUA